AUGUCAGACUUUCCAAGCUGCAACUUAACGUGGCAGGUGCUACAAGCCGCUUCCAAGGGCAAAUAUGCCGUUGGAGCCUACAACUGUUACAACGAUGACGGGGUCAUGGCGGUCAUCCGGGCAGCUGAAAACAAGAGGUCUCCUGCAAUCAUACAACUGUUCCCGUGGACGUUGCACUUCCAGGGGCCUCAAUUCGUCCAAUAUGUGGUGAACGCGGCACAUGCAGCCUCGGUGCCCAUCGCAGUCCACCUUGACCACUGCAUCAAACAAGAAGACAUCGACUUGGCAUUGACCCUGCCGUUCGACUCGAUCAUGAUUGAUGCAUCGACGCUGGAAGAGACUGAGAACGUAGCAAUGUGCGCUCGAAACAUUCAACGAGCCAGCAAAGCCGGCAUCACGGUGGAGGUCGAGAUGGGCCGGAUAGAUGGUGGUGAGGACGGCUUACCGCAGGUUUGCCAAGGCACGGUCUUGACGAAGCCGGAGGAAGCGACCGAGUUCAUGUCCCGUACCGGCGCCCACUUUCUCGCUCCCAGCUUCGGCAAUAUUCACGGCGGCUAUCCUGCUGGGGGAGCGGAGAGAUCGUGGAAUCUGCCUUUACUGAGAUCCCUCCGAGAGGCUGUACCUGAUACGAUCCCAUUUGCACUUCACGGCACCCAUCCGGUCGCGGAUGAAUUGUUUUCCAAAGCCAUCCAAUGUGGGGUCAGCAAGAUCAACGUCAAUCGGACGGUCCGCGAUGAAUACACUAAAUUUGUGGCGGAUAACGCGGGGAGGUUGGAAUUGACCGUGCUGAAAGCCCAAGGAGUCGAGAUUCAUACAAAAUCAGUGGAGCGGAUUAUGGAUCUUUUCGGCUCGUCGGGCAAAGCAUGA